AACCGAACCGGUCCCAGGCCUACAAAAAAGGAGAAGUCAAAAAGUUUCAAUGGAAAAGUUUGUUUUUGUGAAGAAGUUGAAUGUUGAAGUAGGUCUGGGAUUUUGGAACCGAGAACCGAAAAAAUGUUUGGAACCGAACGGAUAUGAAAUGGUUCGGUUCGGUUCCUGUUUUUGGGAGUUAAAUACUUACCUGUUCGGUUCCUAAUGUAAACUACCGGUUCGGUUCUCGGUUUUACAAUAAAAAUAUAUUCAAGAAACCGAUAUAGAACGGUUAGUUCAUUCUUAGUGGGUUAUUCUAUUCCGUAGUCCAAAUCAGAAAUAAAAAAUAUACGCAGUACAACUCGCAGCCCAUUUGCAGCCCACAACUCCUUUAGUCCGCUUCAGACUUCAUCGAGUGCAACAAGGAUUUGCCGAUUAGGAGGAAACCCCUCCCCUAGCCACACCGCUCAUCUUCUACUAUGCUCUUCCAUUCACUCUGUCAAAGAUUUCACGGAUUCAUCAAAGGAGUCAAGGAGAGGUCAUAGACAGUAGGUGUUGAAGAUGGACAUAAUAUCACAGUUGCAAGAACAUGUGAAUUCGACGGCAGCUCUUGCCUUCAAUACCUUCGGAACGCUUCAGAGAGAUGCUUCUCCUGUUCGAUUGUCGGCUAAUUAUCCGGAACCCCCUCCCGCUGCUGCAAAGCCUGCCGAUGAUGCUGCGGCAGCAGCUGCUGCAACGGCUAACGCUGUGGAGCAAUCCAAACUGAUGGCCGCUGAACUUGUCAAAGCUGCUAAACAGUUUGAUGCAUUGGUUGCUGCACUCCCAUUGUCCGAAGGGGGUGAAGAAGCUCAAUUAAAAAGAAUUGCAGAACUUCAGGCUGAGAAUGAUGAAGUAGGACAAGAACUUCAAAAGCAACUGGAAGCAGCAGAUAAGGAGCUGAAGCAGGUUCAAGAGCUGUUCAACCAAGCAUCGGAUAAUUGUUUGAACUUUAAAACAACGGAUUAACGGUUAUGUACACAGUGUUGGGGCCAGAAAAAUGAUUGAGGGGUUGAAACAACAGAAGGAAAAUGGUGGAUUGUUUUUAGACAAUACCUAAGUUAAAUGUUUAGAAUCGAGUGAUUCUACUGGAAAAAAAAACCUAAGUUAAAUGUUUUAUAUGUAGCUUAGAUAAAUGAGUUUAAAUGAGACUAAUAAAGUUAUAGAUUUAAUAUAUAAGUCAUAUAUAUUGUAAACUUGUUUUAUACGAGUUUAGUCUAUGGGUUUUCAUAUCGGUGAUUGCCUCAGAUGAGACCCUUUGUGUUACCGUGGAACUUUAUAGUUCUCCUCUCAUCUAGUUUAAUAUUAGGUUUUUUACUAGAAAAAAAAUCGACAAUUGAGUAGCCACUUGUAGUAGUGAGAUAUGUUGGCUUUGCUCUUUCUGUGAGUCAUGUCUCGUAAGUAAUGAGUGAUUAUAUGUUUUUUUUUUGAAAUUUGAGAAUAUAAUCAAUAUUAAGUACUCCCUUUGUCCCUUAAAAGUUAAAA